AUGGAGUCCAUUAGGAGGACAUAUGCACACUGUAUUAAGCCUGUUCCAAGUCCAGAAUUUUGGGUUGGAACUGAGUUCUCGAAGCCAGACCCACCUAUUAUCAAAAGGCCAAUUGGACGGCCAAAGGUUCAGAAUAGGCAAAAGGAUCCGGCUGAGCCACUCAUGCAAGAAGGAAAACUGAAAAGGUCAUUCGUUGUAUCCUGCAGCAAGUGUGGUGAGAAGGGUCACAACUACAAAACAUGUAAAGGAGCCCCUUCCAACCCAAACUGGAAGCCGAAGACAAGGCGCCCUAGCAAGAAAUCAGCUACUGCCUCUCAGGCACUGAUUGUGCUUCCACUGUCACAAUCUGCUCCAGAUGCAUCCAGCAGCCAACCAGUCAGCUCCCCAAACCCCACUGUUGUGGAAUCACCUGCCACAAGCAAUCCACCUAUGCCACAAGCUCCAACAAGGGUGACAAGAUCGACACUUAUCAUUUCACCUCCAGGGCCAACAACUACUCAAACCAGGCCACCAGCCCCAACUAUAGGCCGUCGAUUUAAACCUCCAGUGAAAGCCAAUGACACAUCUCGCCCACAACAGUCCAGGUUCAGACCAAAGCAGAAGAUCUUCAGGCCGUUGGCUCCAGUCGCUGCAUCCACAAUCAACACUACUACACAACAGCCAACUCCACCAACCAUCCCAUCUGCAGCUCCAAAUCAAAAAGCUCGACCCCAAAGUUUGCCAAAUUCUCCAAAAACAAAGGACUCGAAAGAAUGA